CCCAAACUAGGCCCACCCGCUCCCAAAGACAACCCACGUCCCCCACUCCCGCGCACGCUCCCCUAACAUCAUCAGACUUCAUCGACUUCCUCGUCACUUUCAAUCCACCCAGGCCUCCUUCGCCCCACCACCUCAGAGCACGCUCCAGCACCCUCGAUUCCCUCUGCUGCGGCACCCUCCUCUGGCGCCGGCAGCCGGCAUCUCCCCUCUCGUCUUCAUUUCUUCAAUCCCCAAUUUCAAUGGAAUCAAUUCAUGUGAAGGCAGUGGUCCUCGUAGGUUCAAGAUCGGCCUUGACAUUUGAACCACUAGUUUGCUCACUGAACUAGUGAAUCUCUACAUUGACUGACCAGGCCAUACGCAUGAAUACAUGAUCUACUGGCGUUGAUGCAGAGAAAGUUCAUUGACUGACGAGAAAGAAAAGAGUUUUUGGAUAUAUGUCUGCUGAUACGAAUGUAUUGAAUCAUGAAUCUUGGAUAUAUCCAAUUGGGCAUGAUUGAGAUUUCUGAUGAAAAAAUUGGGGUGGCAAGGUUGCUUAAUUUCUGGGGCACUUAGACCCAGUUGAUCUUCAGGUCCGAUAUUUGAUAAAAUACCCAACAUUGUUUGGGCUUUUGAUCCCUUUGUUCGGAAUUUGAAUUCCAUUAAUGGCUCGAGUAUGAAUUGAGAUCAGUUUCACAUAUUUGCGAUACAUAUGGAAGCAGCCAAUAUCAGGGGAACACACAGAUGGAAGAAGAGAAGUUCCUUUCAGACUCUAAGAAAUUCACUUCUUACUUUGAUCGUCUUCUCUUCUCUCCUUCUCCUCUUCUUCUACUUGAGACGCUACUUCGUUUCACCCUCUCCACUUCCUCUUUCCAUAAAUUCCCCGUUGUUUGCACCCCCGCGAUGUGGCUUCUCCUCCAGAGGGAAGUUCCUAUGGUACGCUCCCCACAGUGGGUUCAGCAACCAGCUUUCCGAGUUCAAGAACGCUCUCCUAAUGGCUUCGAUCUUGAAUCGAACCCUGAUUGUCCCUCCGGUUCUCGACCAUCACGCUGUUGCUCUGGGUAGCUGUUCCAAAUUCAGGGUUCUAAGCCCCCCUGAGUUGAGAUUCGCUGUCUGGAAUCAUAGUAUCGGGCUCUUAUGUGAUUGCAGAUAUAUUUCUAUGGCGGAUAUUGUCGACAUUGCAGCAGUUGUGUCUACGGCAGUCAGUGUUGUGGACUUAAGAGCUUUUGUGUCUGAAUGGUGUGGUGUGAAACUGGAUCACUUAUGCAGUAGAAACCAGAUUGCUCAAUCUUCAUUGCUCCAAAAGCUAAAUGAAUGUGGGUCUUUGCUGUCCGGAAAAUAUGGAAAUUUAAAUAGUUGUUUAUAUGCUGUAGAUGAGGAUUGCAGGACGACAGUUUGGACAUACCAAAAAGACAGCAAAGAUGGUACUUUAGAUUCAUUUCAACCAAAUGAAGAAAUCAAGAAGAAAAAGGAGAUUUCCUUUGUUAGGAGAAGGAGAGACGUGAUCCAGACCCUUGGACCUGGCUCUGCUGCAGAAUCAUCAAAAGUUCUUGCCUUUGGGAGCCUCUUCACUUCCCCAUAUAAGGGUUCAGAGUCUCACAUCGAUAUUCAUGAAGCUCCCAAUGAUCCAAGGAUAGAUUCCUUCAUCAAGCGGAUCAAAUUCCUCCCCUUUGCACCAGAAAUUAUUGGUGCGGGAAAGAAGUUUGUUCAUGAUAAAAUCAAGGCUCCUUUUCUUUGUGCUCAGCUUAGACUACUUGAUGGGCAGUUCAAGAACCACUGGAAAGCCACUUUCCGAGAACUGAAGCACAACUUAGAGUCUUUGAAACAAACUGGACCCAGUUCUGUUCAUGUGUUUAUGAUGACUGAUCUUCCCGUGUCAAAUUGGACGGGAAGCUAUUUGGAUGAUAUCGCAAAAGAUCCAAGGAUUAAGCUGGUUCUCCUAAAAAAUGAUGACGAUUUGGUCACAGAAACUGCUAGGAAGAUUUUUAGUGCAGGACAUGGUUUGAAGCUCGGGUCUAUUUCAAAACGUUCCAGCAAUAUUCAGGAGAAUCGUUGGUGGAGUGCUCAAGCAUUGCCUGAUGUACUAUUAUACAUAGAGGAAACUGUCUGUAGCUGUGCUUCUCUUGGUUUUGUGGGAACUAGUGGUUCAACUAUUGCAGAGAACAUAGAAUUGAUGAGGAACUAUGACAUAUGUAAUAGCUGAAGUAGUUUUACGAUUUACUGCUUACUUAGUAAUCUGGAUUCUUGUUACUUUUAAUUAAAAAGGGGUUAUAUAA